AUGAUUAUUCAACUUUUGCUAAAUGAAAAUGUGAUGACAGUUGAUGAUUCAUCUUACUUUUUGACACUUCAUAUUGCUAACAUAAAUAAGAUUGCUCUUCUUCUUGUCUUCGCCUUACUAGGAUAUACAAAUGCUUGCUUUGGUGGUGGAUAUGGAGAUCAAACACAAUGUUGUUGCUUGAAAUUACCACCGAUCUGUUUACCAAUACUAAAUCUAGGCGGUUGCUGUGGUGGUUGCUGUUGUCCAGGACAAGGAGGUGGCGGUGGUAUUGGUGGCGGGUAUGCUUUAUUAUAA